AUGGACAGAAAAUCUGCUAGAAUAAAAGCAGAGUUAGAAAGAUAUGGUUGGAGAGUUUCAAAGAAUUUUAAAUAUAGGAAGGGAAGACCCAUAAAAGUUUAUGACAAAUUGUCUGGUCUUCGCUACGAAAUGGAUUUGGAAACAGCACGUGCCAAUUAUCCAAACAGAUUAGAGAGGUUAGAAGAAGAACGUCUUAUGGACAUGCCUUUCGAUGUUAGUGAACCUCAAGUUGAAGGACACGACGGCUUUGCCAGAUUCUACUGGAAACAUGACGAACAAUUGCAUCCUUUGAGAAGGAAAAAAGGUAGUGCAGAGGAUGGUCAUGCUCCCAUGGAAAGAACAAGAUAUGCAUAUGAAAAGUAUCGUGAAGUUAGAAGUAAAAUUGGUUCAGGUCAAACCUUUACAGUAAACUUUGACGAUGGAAAGAACAAAGAAGGCUUUAUGGGUGUACUUGCUGCUAUACAAGACGGAAAUAAGAAAGGAUACAAUCUCAGACUAACCAUAACAGAUUUGGACGGUCAUAUAUACUAUGCACAUGGCAAUGAACAAACAGCCGC